UUGCAUUCCCGACAAUCCAGUGGAAUGAGCCUAACCAGAAGAGAUGAGCACUCUUCGAAAAAAAAACUGAUAAAAUUAGUAAUAAGCCAUCUUAAUAACUAUAAUAAAAUCCAUGUAUUUUUGAUAAAUUUGGACGAGGAGAUGACUGCUGCUGAAAAACUUAUUCGAUACAAUAUCGAUAAAGCAAGAAUAAACGAUGAUCGAAUCAGUUGGCUAUUGAAAUUCAAUGAUUAUCAUCUGGAGAUGCGAAGAAUGUUAAAUGAACUGUCUAGUACGAUUUAUAAUGAUCUCGAACGAGUGCUUACUCUUCGAUUUCGUGGUUGUAUUGGAAUUGAACCAAAGAAAGGCACUAUAGAUCAUUUACGUCAAAUGAAACUUGGCAUGGAACGCGCUGAUAAACUCAUUUUACGAGAGCUGCAAGCAUGA